AAAAUGUUCAAAAAUCAAAACGUAACAACAAGAAAGAAACCAAUAAAAUAAAAAAGGCAGAAGGCAAAGUCAACAUUCUCUCCUAUCAAAUAACACCAAAUGGAUUCAACAAGAACGAACCAUAUAUCCCCAUGUUUUCUUCAGAAAGAAAUCUCUCCAAACCCCAGUAAAUUGUAACAUGAGGAGCUACCGUUUCAGCCUCUUGUUCUUCACUUCCCUGGUUAUCUUCUUAUUCCCCACAAUCUCAAUCUCCAUAGACUCCCUGACUGCUACCAAUUUUGUUACUGGUAACCAAACCCUCGUCUCGGCCGGCGAUGUAUUUGAGCUGGGAUUCUUCAAUUCGGGGGAUUCAGACAAUUGGUACGUUGGAAUUUGGUACAAGAACAUCCCUACGAGAACGUACGUGUGGAUUGCUAACAGGGACAGCCCUCUUUCUAACUCGUCCGGAGUUUUCAAGGUUGUAGAUCAGAACAUUGUUCUUCUGGACCAAAAUCAGAGUCAGGUGUGGUCAUCGAACAUAACGAAAGGUAAUAACAAUGUUGCAGAGCUGUGGGAUUCUGGGAAUUUGGUUCUGAGAGAUGCAGGGGAUCCCAAUAACUAUCUCUGGCAAAGCUUUGAUUUUCCGACCGAUACCCUGUUACCGGACAUGAAACUUGGUUGGAAUCUGACCACAGGUUUAGACAGGUACUUGACCUCAUGGAGAAGCUUACAGGAUCCGUCUUCAGGGGAUUUCUCGUUCAAGCUAAAUUACCAGGGUUUUCCAGAGAUUUUUCUGUGGAACAAGCAGCAGAUAAGAUACAGAAGCGGGCCCUGGAAUGGCCUUCGGUUCAGCGGCGUACCGGAGAUGGAACCGGUGGAUUACCUUGUGUUUGAAUUCAUUGCCGAUCAAGACGAGGUGUCCUACUCAUUCUCUGUUUCAAACAAUACUCUGUUUUACAGGCUGGUCGUUAAUGAUGCCGGAACUCUUGAGAGGUUAACCUGGAUCAAUGACGCAAAACAAUGGAGCCGAUUCUGGUACGCACCGGAGGACCAGUGCGACUAUUACCGGCAGUGUGGUCCAUAUGGUAUUUGCGACGCGAAUGCGUCCCCUGUUUGCAAAUGUCUGAGGGGGUUCACGCCGAAGAACUUGCAAGCGUGGAAUUUGAGAGAUGGGUCCGAUGGGUGUGUGAGGAAGACGGAUUUGGGAUGCAUGUCAGACAAAUUCUUGCACCUCAGGAAUGUGAAGUUGCCGCAAAGUACCACGGCGUUUGUGGACCGGAAUAUGAGUCUUGUCGCCUGCGAAGAUAUGUGCCUGAGGAAUUGUUCUUGCACUGCUUAUGCUAACGCUGAUAUCAGUAACAGAGGUUCGGGAUGUGUCAUCUGGUUCGGUGAACUCCUGGAUAUGAAGGAAUACUCCUCCGGCGGCCAGGAUCUGUUUGUUCGAUUGAAUGCUUCUGAUCUCGGUAAGUUCAAAAUUUUCCCCUUUAGCUUCUCAUAUUGCCUUUUCUUUUACAGUAAUUAUUAUCAAAAUGAGAAAAAUUACAAUGUUUUGUUAGGACAUAGUGAAAUAAAUCCCGCUAUUCAUCUAUCAUAUAAUUGAAAAUGGACAUGAUAUUUUUCAAAAAUAAAACGUGUUGAUCUUU